AUGGUGAAGACGAUCCAGGCGGCAUUAGCGCCGUUAUUGAUCAUCGGCGCGUUCUGCAGCUUGUGCGUUUUCGAGUACCCACUUGGACGACCCAGGCCGUACUUCACUUGCCUGUACUUCCUGAUCGUAUGGAGCACCUACACAUAUAUCGCUUGUUACCUACUUAUUGACAUUGAGGAUCUGUUCGUUAUAUAUUGGCCUAGUAUAAUAAUCGUAAUGUCCUCGUAUGGAUCAAUGGUGGUCAGCCUGUUUCGUUUCAAGGACCUGAAAACGUUCCUACGGAAACUUUCUAUCGUGGACGACACGCUAGAAGCCCUUGGGACGCCCAAGGAAUACCAGAAGUUGUACAAGUGGAUGAUUGCAGUAAUAAUUGUAUGGAUUGUAUCUAGCAAUCUCUUGAAUGGGAUGGACGCUUUGGUUGAGGAUGAGGACAAAUUUAACAUCAUGUCUGUCUGUAUUGCAUUAGUGGAGAAUUUUCUACCGCACAUGGGUACAAUUAACAGCGUGAUAUUGGGAACUGUUUUGGGGUACAUGGGCUCCAGAUUUGAGAGAGUCAACAAGCACAUUCGCAAUUUCCUGGAAAACGACGCGGAACACAUCGGAGCAAAGAACACGUCCAUUUUUAUCGUUCGAAAGAGAGUUGUAGAAACCGAGGAGUGCAGUCGACGCGUCUGGAUUAUCAUGCACGUUCAUUUGCAGCUGAGUCGGCUGUCACGAGAGCUGAACAAAGUGUUCAGUGUGCAAUUGACGUUGGAGAUGGCUUCCUUAUUCGCGGUUUUAGUGGAAAUGUUUAUCGAAUUUUACAUUAUGUACGCGGACAAUGAUACGGAUACAAUGUUUCUAGUCCUAGCAAACCUGACCAUCUACGUUUGGAUCAUGGUGUUCACCAUGAAACUUCUCGCUUUAAAUCAUAUUUGCCAGACCGCGAACGAAACGACUAUGCUAUUAUAUAAAUUGUCGAACAACGUUAUCAACGAAGAUUUACGCGAACAGGUUUUACAAUUUAUAAUGCAAAUAAAACAAAGGGAAGUAAAGUUUUCUGGCAUGGGACUUUUCUACUUCGGCAACAACUUCAUUCGCAAAAGAUUCAGCAAAAUGUAA